CGAAUAUGUCGAUUGACCUCGACUGGGCAAAGCUCGACGAGUCCCUGUCCGCUUCGCUUGUCGAUAUACUCAACACGCAUUUACAGGCUGCGGCAGCCUCACAACCGUCUUUUAUCGGUCCCAUCCAGAUCACAUCCUUUGACUUCGGCUCGCAGCCACCCGACGUCGAGCUCAUCGACCUCCGGAAUAUCUAUCGCGACUUUCUCGACGAUGAUUCUGACAACGAGGGCUCGUCGUCGUCUUCUUCGCCCUCACCUUCUCGAGAUCCCGUCAAGGUCACCCAACAUGGUUCAGGCGCACUAGAUGACGAGGACGAUGACGGCUUCGAAUGGGUAUCGCGACGCGCGGCGGCGAAGAUGGCGGGGAUGCAGGAUGAGUAUCAUUAUCACCACCUACCACCACACGUUCGCUACGGACGAGGUCCUUCUUCCGCCAGCGAGGUGUUCUCUCUCGCACCUGCUCAUACGGACCCGUAUUCCACUUCUGCCGCGUGGAGCACAGGUCCGACAGGCCUCGCGAUGAGCAUGCCUAAUCUUCCGCCGCGACCUUUCGUUGGAAGGACAAUGUCCGCUUUAGGAACGCCCCUUGUGGGUACGCCAGGAAUUGGGAUGAGUAUGGGCAUGGGUAUGGGUAUGGGACUCGGGAUGGGUAUGGGUACGGCUUUGCCUUCGAGGUCUCAAUCGUUGCACACACCAUCACCCAUCAUUCCUACUCCUGCUUCUCAAUCCCCUCAGCCAACGCCACCUUCCGCAUCUGCAUUACCUUCAUCAAUACCACCUGAUGCUACUGGUGGAUCAGAACAACCGGAUCUGCAGAUACACUUGCAUAUCACUUGGCCGUCGAACUUGAGGCUCACGCUUACGACUUCGCUGAGGAUCAACUAUCCAUCUCCGAUGUUCAUGUCGUUGCCUAUCAAGCUUUCUGUUACCGGUCUGCUGUUUACGGGAGAGGUCGCAGUGGCGUACGAGGGCAACCGAAGAAGAGUACAUCUGUGCAUUCUCGACGAUCAAGACCCAUACGGACCUGCAGUCGGUCGUCCGAAACGGGACAAAGAAGGCGACACCGGAGAUGGGCUUAGCACCCAUAAUCACGAUGGACGGGAAAACGGCGAAGGUGGGAUGGACGAUGAUGGGUCCGGUUCGGGGAGCAGAGGAUCGAUAGGUGGCGGACAGAGGAGGGGAAAGCCACUGCCUAUCGGUCAACGCCUGCUGCCAAAUGUCUUCAUAGAGAGCGAAUUAGGACAGGCGGACAAGCAUGUGUUGAAGAACGUGACAAGGGUGGAGAGAUUCAUUCAGGAUGUGAUUAGAAAGACGGUGGAGGAGGAGUUCGUGUUUCCGAACUUUCAUACCUUGGUUUUGCCAUGAAGCCGGACAUUGGUGAGGUGGCAGUAGUGGCGGCGUCCCGCGACCUGUAGGGUCCUCCUUCACGUAUAUUAUCAUUAUUUUGGAUCCAUAUCAAUAUUGCAUCUCAUCUCCGUCGAAUCUACUUCCGAGUCAUGAGAACGAAUCAGGCCCGUUUACCGUGGUGCGAUGAACUUCAUCUCCACCCCACCACGUAUUGUCUUGCCCCACAGUCCAUAAAUUCAGCGCUCCGAGGGCGCAGCUCAGGAUCCCGCUUGUAUAGUCGGCCUCGUGGCUUCCUCGUUCCAAAUAUCGUUGUCCGAGAAUACCAUUACAACACAGCUGACAGAACAGCCCCUCCCUCUCUAAUCACUGGCAUCACUGAGACCACUGACCCAAGCAGUUAUUGCCUCGUUAUCGAUAUCCACACUCCCAAUAUCCGAAGAUACCUCAUACGGCAUCCCGCUAAUCCAAACGUCCAAUCCCUCGUCCUGACACCUCCCAAUUGUCGCCGCGUCCUCAUCACCCGGCUUUAAAAGCGAACCAUCCCGACCACAAGACAAACGGACGUACUUCAGCCUCGCCACAGCGCGUAGUGUUGUGGCCAAACAGGCGUCGGACCACCAGCGAGAUGCGAUGGCCUUGACGGCGAGAGUGGUGGGGAGGAUUCUUGGUCCAUUUGAGGAUGGAUACUCGUCGAUGUCGAGUCUCUCUAGGCGCGGAACAAGUGGUGUCGCAAGCGAAGUGGGAUCGUAGGUGAGGGCGCGGAAGAAAUCUUCUCUCGUCGUGGCAUAUGUGAGAGAGGCACGGAAAGAGACCAGAGCAGGAAGGAGUUCCAAGACAACGACCGCGUUUGUAUCAUCGAAAGGAAUACAAUUGAUGGAUAAGAAGAGCGGUUGCUCGGAUGUCCAGUUGUUGAAGCGUAGGCAUAACCAGUGGCUGGAAGAAGCUCGCCUCGUUACCGAGGAAGUCGGUUCGAAAAACUACGCUGAGGCUGCGAAGGUGGGAGAAGGUACAAAUCGGAACGUAUGGGAUGACUUCACCUCGAGGCGGGACAAAGAUGUGUCCUAGGGAGCAGUGUUCCAGGAGAGGACAUUUCAGGAUGAUAUCACGCGC